AUGUCUGCGGAGGAGGUGGGUGCUCGCCCUGGUCUUCGGGCUGUCACUCAUCUACUUCCUCAGGAGCACUUUCAGGCAGGCUAUGUUUGUGAGAGGAAGGAUUUGCUGGUGGAUGGCUGCUGCAACGUCAACGUCCCUAGCACAAAGCAAUACUGCUGCCAUGGCUGCUGGCCCAGUGGCUGCUGCAACAUCAACAUCCCUGGAACAAAGCAAUACUGCUGCCAUGGCUGCUGGCCUAACCGCUGCUGCAACAUCAAUCGGCUGCUGCCCAACAAGCAGCUUCUCUUGGAGUGCUUCCCCAGUCGGGCAGCUGUGGCAUUCCAGAACCUCUUCAUGGCAGUCGAAGAACACUUUGAGUUGUGCCUGGCCACAUGCAGGACCUCAUCUCAGAGCAUGCAACAUGAGAACACCUACCAGGACUCCAUAGCAAAGUCUUGCUAA